AUGUUUACGCGGUUAAUUUGUAUCAGUGAUUAUGAACAACAUGCUAAAUCAGUACUUCCGAAGUCUAUAUAUGACUAUUAUAUUUCCGGGGCAAAUGACCAGGAAACGUUGGCUGAUAAUGUUGCAGCAUUUUCCAGAUGGAAGCUAUAUCCACGGAUGCUCCGGAAUGUUGCCGAGGUAGACCUGUCGACUUCCAUUUUGGGGCAGAGGGUCAGCAUGCCAAUAUGCGCUGGAGCUACUGCCAUGCAGUGCAUGGCUCAUGAGGAUGGGGAGCUUGCAACUGUGCGAGCCUGCAGGUCCCUGGGAACUGGAAUGAUGCUGAGUUCAUGGUCCACCUCCUCAAUUGAAGAAGUGGCAGAGGCCAGUCCCGAGACACUACGCUGGCUGCAACUAUACAUCUACAAGGACCGUGAGGUCACUAAGCAGCUAGUGCAACGUGCUGAGCGAAAGGGCUACAAGGCCAUAUUUUUGACGGUGGACACUCCUUACCUGGGGAUCCGCUUUGACGAUGUGCGUAAUAGGUUCAAACUACCACCUCAACUCAGAAUGAAAAAUUUUGAAACCAAUGAUUUAGCAUUUUCUCCUAAGGAAAAUUUUGGAUACAACAGUGGACUUGCUACAUAUGUACAUAAAUUAAUAGACCCAUCUAUCAACUGGGAGGAUAUUAAAUGGCUGAGGGGGCUCACAUCACUGCCAAUUGUUGCAAAAGGCAUUUUGAGAGGUGAUGACGCCCGGCAGGCAGUUAAACAUGGCUUGAAUGGAAUCUUGGUGUCGAAUCACGGGGCUCGACAACUUGAUGGGGUGCCAGCCACUAUUGAUGCUCUGCCGGAAAUUGUGGAAGCUGUGGAAGGGAAGGUAGAAGUCUUCCUGGAUGGGGGUGUUCGGAAAGGCACUGAUGUUCUGAAAGCUCUAGCCUUGGGAGCCAAAGCUGUGUUUGUGGGGAGACCGAUCAUCUGGGGCUUGGCUUCCCAGGGAGAGAAAGGUGUUCAAGAUGUCCUUGAGAUACUAAAGGAAGAAUUCCGAUUGGCCUUGGCUCUGAGUGGGUGCCAGAAUGUGAAAGUCAUCGACAAGACAUUGGUGAGGAAAAACCCUUCGGCCGUUUCCAAGAUCUGA